CUCAAAGGUAACGGAUAAUAGACCAGAUUCAUGAAAGUUCAUCAAAAAUAUUGAUUAUUAAGCAAAUUUAGUCAAAGUUACAAGUUUAUUUUUCAACUCCAACCUCUAGAGUGCUGCUAACUAGUAGUUGACCGUUGCCUUAGAUACUCAAGCGCAUCUCUAAUUAGUAAGGAUAGAGAGUUGUUCGAAAUGGCUCAGAAUUUGAAGCAGAAGAUCAGGAAAAUCCAGCGAAAAACUAUCAGUAGCAAGAAAUUAUCUCUAAAGCCAGCAAUUUUACAGAGAAACUGGCAUAAAGUUGGCAAGUCCUUGCCUCGAAGAGAUUCCGAGUCUAAGCGAUCUGCGAGAGACAAAGCUAUUUCUGACAAAAUCUUUGUUGAAAAAUAACUCUGUGAUGUCUGAAGAUGUGAAAGAAAUCAAGAAACGCAGGAAGAGAGCAGACAGAGUCAACGAUAAUCUUGUCUAUCAUCAGUUCAAAAUCGAGCAACAUGAGCUGAAGAGUACCCAGAACCAGCCUCCUCAGACACGGUCUUCGCCUUCUAGAGCGAUUAGUGACCAAAGCUCUGAAGUCAAGGCUAAUUUUUACAAAGAUGAUUAUAUUGAUUUUACCAAUUCAUUUGAUAUUAAGGCUAAGGCUAAGAUCAAAGAUCUUAAGAGAAAGUCUAAGAGGAAUAACAACGACUUGAUCUUCGAUUCAGUGAUGCAUCCCAGCCAGAAAGGCAUCCAACAAUUGUUCACUCCUGUGAAGAGGGACAGGAAGAAGUUGCAAAGGCCAGAUUAUCACAACAAGAUUAUAUACUCUACUGCUUCAAAAUUGAGAAAUAAGAUCAAUACCAAGAUUAACCUGAAAGAGGCAGCUGUUCUAGGGAAUACCCAAAAGAUUUAGAAAGAAGGGCUCUGCUCUAAAGGCUCCUUCUGUCAGGAAGAAGCCCAUUGGGUAUACCCUGCUUAAGAAAUUUACUCCCAGGAAGGUCAAAGUAGAACUCAGUUCUACUUUUGUGAACACUUUAGGGAAGCAGAGCUCCUUAAAAAGUUUCCAGAGGAAGUCAUUUAUAAAGAAGAAACUUCUCAAGGAGAAGUCUCUCAAGAAGACCUCAAGGAAGUCACAGUCGAGGCUUGGUACUUUGUUUAGGAAAUAUGGGAAUUGAUAUAAAGAGGACUCGAAGUAUCUGGAUGGAGACCAUCGUCUGUACCGAACCAAGCCUUCAUAAAUUUCAACCACU